UGUUUCCAUGUUUGAACCGCCGACGAAGCUCAUAACAUUCACUCGAGACAAAUAAUUAACCGGACACCGGAGAAAUCAGAGAGAUUUUUUAGAGAAUCAGAAAAUGACGGCCGAGUUGCCUCAGUUGCCGCCCGGUUUCCGGUUCCAUCCGACCGACGAGGAGCUGGUUAUGCACUAUCUCUGCCGGAGAUGUGCGUCGCAGCCGAUUGCCGUUCCGAUCAUCGCUGAGAUCGAUCUCUAUAAAUUCAAUCCUUGGGAACUUCCAGAACUGGCUUUGCACGGAGAGAAAGAGUGGUAUUUCUUUUCUCCUAGAGACCGGAAAUACCCGAACGGUUCGCGACCGAACCGAGCUGCCGGUUCGGGUUAUUGGAAGGCGACUGGAGCCGACAAGCCGGUCGGACAACCCAAACCGGUUGGAAUCAAGAAGGCGUUGGUGUUCUACGCCGGAAAAGCACCGAGAGGGGAGAAAACCAACUGGAUUAUGCACGAGUACCGGCUCGCCGGCGUGGACCGGUCGGCUCGCAACAAGAGCAGUCUUCGGCUUGACGAUUGGGUUCUUUGCCGGAUUUACAACAAGAAAGGCGUAAUCGAGAAGCGACAUCCGAUCGCCGUCAAUCAAAUCACGGACGGCUUCGAAGAGGAAGACAAGAAGCCGACGAUUCUCGCCAAUCAGUACGGCGGCGAUGCGUUCAUGCCGGCAGCGACGGAGGCGCCGGCGUCGGUGAGCGAUUACAUACAUUUCGAGACAUCGGAUUCAAUACCGCGAUUGAACACGGAUUCGAGCUGUUCGGAGCAUGUGGUGUCGCCGGAGUUCACGACAAGCGAAGUUCAGAGCGAGCCAAAAUGGAAGGAAAUGGAAAAUGCCUUUAAUUUUCGAUAUAAUUACAUUGAUACCUCACUGGACCAUGAAUUCGCAACGCAGUUUCAGAGCGGGAAUCAGAUGUCGCCGCUACAGGAUAUGUUCAUGUACCUGCAGAAACCCUUUUGAAUUACCGCCGUCUGAUUCUCAUUUUUCAACAUCCAUCAUAAAGUCGUUCUUUGAAUCUUAGAACUCACUGACAGUCGUUGAUGUUCGCUCAAUCCGACGGUCGCACGAGACUGGAGUCUGUGAGUGCGCCACGUAUAGAGGAGAAAAAUAUAGAAUACGGGGACAGACAGACUGGAGAUAUUUAUUGUAGAAAGGGGGGUCGAUUGUGGGGUCCACUUGUGGAUUUAGAUCGGACGGGCGACGUUUAAUCUGACAUUGCUCGUUACAAUUGGCUGUAUAAUACACCAUAUAUAAAUGAAAUAUGGCUGUGUAGUCCACCAAGUUCACAUUUAAUUUCUUUC